AUGGAUGCUCAAUUUAAAGUAAAUCCUAUCGCUACCGAAAAAUUAGCGCAUGACACAUUUAUCGAGUCUCCGACAACCAAUAAAACAAAAUUUCAGAACCCUUCAAACACCUUCAACGGAAAACUCAACAAUCACAUCAACGGUAAUUGCAUCGAAAAUAACGCCCACUACAAUGAUUUAUGCGUCACUCCGGAACAUAAAACCUCUUUGCCUACACUUUUCCCCUCGUUUACGUAUAUCAUGUAUGUUGAACGUGCCAUCAGUAAUUUACUGUUGACGGUGAUAUUCGACUGGACGAUGCCGUUCUUUCAUCCGUUUAACUUUUUGCUGAUUGUUACGAUAUUUCCGUCUAUCAUUUUCGGAUUGGUGGUGGUAGAAGCGGCCUUGCAUAUUUCCUUUUGGAUGGGAUUGGGAAAUAUAUUGGCGGAAAUGUCGAAAAGAUGGGGCAAGAAUUUAACUCCUGUCAAUUGGUGGGAUCCAAGAAUAUUUUCGGAAGAAGUAAAUAAUAUUGUAAAAGAUGGAAUAAUAGGACUCGAUAAACCAUUAGCCCCGAGUGUAACAUUUGAAGAGACAACUUCCAAAGAUACAACCAAUACUAGACAAACACGUAUAUUCGAUAUCGACAUUGCCGAAACUCUUUUACUCAUGUCAGCUAUUGUCUACGAAAGAGACGACAUGAAAGUUCGUGAAGCUCACAAAACAAUUCAAAAAUUAACAGAAGAUCGGGAAGGAUUAACACAUGAUACUUACAAAAAUAUUCACGCUAAUUUGCAUGAGAGCGAAAAAAGAAUUCGUGAACAAGCAGAGAUUUGGAACCUCGAAUUUACGUCAUUGUCAGAAUUGAAUUCUCUUGGUGGACCUUUCGCCGGGAUGUUUUGGUCUGAAGAGAACAAUUUUAUUGUUGUGGUGUUCAAAGGAACUACGCCGACUAAUUUUGAGGACUUUUUGGUCGAUGCGAUGAUUCAACGUGUUGAUGCUAGAUCGUAUGUUUUCGGCGAAGUCCACGAAGGUUUCUACACUUCACUUUUCCCAGCCGGUCACUCAACUUCACGUGGACAAAAUUCAAGUCCAUAUAUAACUAUUAUCAAAGCGAUUCGUGAAACGGCUUCCAAAAUUCGUGAAAAAAAUGCACAACUCUCACCACCAAUUGAUGCGCCCGUGAAUCUUUGGGUCACUGGCCAUUCAUUGGGAGCAGCACUUAGCACAUUAUUCUACGCUCGUUUGUUGAAUUCACCUGCCGAUCUUGGUCCCAAUUGCAUACUUAGAGAUGGGUAUAUGUAUGGAACACCAGCUAUUGGUGAUGCAGAUUUCGCAGCAGAAUUCUCUGCCCUCAGUAACACACCAUUCGAUCGACAAAACACAUUAUGGCGUAUUAUUGAUGAUACUGAUAUCAUUACGAAACUUCCACCCGGAUUUGAUGACCUAACAUUUCGUCGCUUCAUCAAUAAAUUAAGUGUUUUGAACUAUGCGCAUGUUGGCGAGGGGAUUAGGUUUUUCCAAGAUGGCAGACCACCCGUGAGCACUUGCAAUUUGUUUGAAAACUCCCGAACUGCGGUAUUUGUUCAGCGUAAGCCUGAAGGAUACCUUUCGAAGUUGUUUAGAUUGAAUAGAACAAAUCAUGCCGACGACGAUGCCACUCGUGAAUAUCAUCGACGAAGACGUGCAAAUGGUGAAAAGUGGUACAGCAAAAAAGAUGUAUUCAGUCAAAAACCAAAGUACGAGCAUGAAAUUGGCAGUCCGUUGAUUUGGAUAGAGAAUAUCUUGCCGACAUUCUUUAGCAAUCAUUUGCCUAUUCGAUAUUUUGAGGCAAUGCAACGGGCGCGU